CAUGUACAUACACACGAUAGCUUCUGCUUUGUAAAUAUCGAUAAAAAUCCAAGCUUGACCAAUUUCUGUCUAUAUAUAAUCGGGGCUUCUGUUCAUCAAGUGUCAAUGCUCUGUACUUCAAUUCGCAUUUGCCCUCUAAGAAGCGUACGCAUAGCAUCUUUAUCUGCUUCUCUUUUAAUUGCCAAGGAAUCAUCUUUCAAUUCCAAGCAAACUCUUUUGCGAUCUCUUCAUAAGUCACCUCUUCCUUUGGUUCCUCGCUCGAUCAGAACAGGGAAUUCAAGGCCUGUGCUCUAUUCUUUGAGAUUCGAUCAUACAAUGGCUACCCAAUCUGAGCCUAAAUCAGUCCAUGACUUCACUGUUAAGGAUGCUAGGGGGAACGAUGUUGAUCUCAGCACAUACAAGGGAAAGGUUCUCAUUAUUGUUAAUGUUGCUUCACAAUGUGGCUUGACCAAUUCCAACUACACUGAACUGACUCAGUUAUACCAGAAGUACAAGGAUCAAGGUUUGGAGAUUCUGGCUUUUCCAUGCAAUCAAUUUGGAUCUCAGGAGCCAGGGACCAAUGAACAGAUUGUGGAGUUUGCCUGCACUCGCUUCAAGGCUGAGUAUCCAAUAUUCGAUAAGAUCGAUGUCAAUGGAAACAAUGCUGCUGCUCUUUACAAGUUCUUGAAGUCCAGCAAAGGAGGAAUUUUUGGGGAUAGCAUCAAGUGGAAUUUCACCAAGUUUCUGGCUGAUAAAGAUGGCAAUGUUGUGAACCGAUAUGCUCCCACUACUUCUCCUCUUAGCAUCGAGAAAGAUGUGAAGAAACUGCUGGGGAUUGCAUGAAUGCUAAGGCGGGCUAUUGAAUAAGUCAGGACAUCAGUCUGUCUCUGUGAUGAAUAAGCAGCAUGAAGAGAUGUAACUAUAUUUGUAUGGCGUAUUUCCCUUGUAGAAUGCUUAAGACACAUGAAUGUUGAUGAUAGUGUAUUUUCUUGUUGUAUGCUCCAUGAGUUCUUUUCUAGCAGAAAUCUCAGCACUUUGAUGCUUAUAUUUAAAA